AUGCAAGCAGCACAGAGUAGGCAGAAAAGUUAUGUUGAUGUGAGACGAAAAGAUCUUGAGUUUGAUGUGGGAGACAAAGUGUUCUUGAAAGUAGCACAUAUGAAAGAUGUUUUACUAUUUGAAAAGAAAGGAAAGUUGAGUCCUCGUUUUGUUGGACCGAUUGAAAUUCUAGAACGAGUUGGCCCUCUUGUGUAUCGUUUGGCGUUGCUGCCAUCACUCUCUGUUGUUCACGACAUGUUCCAUGUUUUGAUGUUGAGGAAGUACAUGACAGAUCCAUCUCAUGUAGUGGAUUACGACCCAUUGGAGAUUGAUGAGAAUUUGAGCUAUGCAAAACAACCAGUUAAGAUUCUGGCUAGAGAAGUAAAGAUGCUGAGAAACAGAGAGAUUCCAUUAGUCAAAGUCUUAUGGAAGAAUCACAAUAUUGAGGAGGCUACGUGGGAGAGAGAAGACGACAUGAGGGCUCGUUACCCAGAGUUGUUCGAGGAAUAG